GCCGUCGUAGGUGCAGGUUCAGUUGCAAAAUAAAUACGGAUAUUCCUUCAAUGCCAAUGCCGGGUUCCUAGUGAUUAGUUUGUUAUUGGAAAUGUCUGAAUAAGGAAAGCAACCAAUUACAAAUUCUACGAGUUACUCAUCCGGAAGUAUCGCGUGGAGAUUGUUUAUUAUGAUGAAAAACGCUGAGUUUUGAGUCUUUGAUUUUGAGGAAGCAGGCCUUGAACAUGAGGCUGUAGUAUUUAUCUUAUGUUACCUUUCACUUCCAACGGCGUAGAUCUCGUGGAUCCCCAGGCGCCCGGCGACUGCUGUGUGUUGUCUCCGUUACGGUUAGGACUGACGCUCUCUCUUCUCACGUUGAGUUUUUAGUUUCCAGUCGAUCUUGUUUGUUUGUACUCAUCAGUGCACGGGGAAAAACUGCUACCCGUGCACAACCAAUUGGCCAGAAAGUCGCCCCCAAAACUAGAUCUUGUCAAGUUUUGGAGACGUGAAAGGCUAAAAUAUUGGCCCUAUGAGGCUUCAGCCAUAAUAUAAAAUUAUGUCCAUUUUUUGGUAGAUUGUCUGAUGCAGAAAAAAAGGGAUUGUCUGAUAUAAGGUUUGGACAUGGCUUCGGAUCAAUCGUCUGGCCUGUCUCGGCAGGCUGGUCUAACCCACACUGCGAAGUCUUUGCUGAGAAAUGUCAUUCGACACACUGAUACACAUAACAGAAUGAAGGAAGAGAGCGAUAUGUGGCAACAGUUUUACAAGAUACGAGGUCAGGAGCCGCCCGAGGAGGACAGCGAUGGGCAGGAUAGCAACAGACGAGGCUCCAAGCGGUCACAUGACUUCAAAGACAGGGAUAGACGGAGGGAAGCUGACAAAGGUGACCUUGACAUUCAUCAGUCAUUUCUCUACGACGAAAGAGAGGAUAUGUCGGCAGACAUAAGGGGGCGUGGCCGGAGACAUGCCCACAUGGAUGACCGGGGCUCACAGUCACAGACAGACAGGAGUACGUACUGGAUGAGGGAACUACACAAGGCAGAGGAUGGGGACCCAGACAGGUGGGGUCACAGUGGCUUCAAGGAGCUCUACCCCCAGGACUACGACAGCGACAGGUCACACUCCAGCUCCUCCUCUACGGGGAGUGACAGAAGGAAGAAGGACAAAACGAAAGACAAAAGGAAAGAGAAGAAGAAAAAGGGCGCAUUGGACCGAAAAGACAAAAAGAGGAAACAUGCUAGAAAAAAGGAGAAGAGAAAGAAGAGGAAGAAAGAGAGGGAUGAAAGUGGAGAGGAUGAUUCGGGGGAUGAGGUGACGAUGCAUAGAAAGAAAAAGAGGAGGAAGAAGAAGAAAGAGAGUCUGGAGAGAAAGAGGAUAAAAGAGAAAAAGAAAAUGAAAAGUGAGAAGGAAGAGAAGAGCAGUAGAAAGAGGGUCUCAGUGAGUAGUGACAGUGCAAGUGAGGAUGGAGAGAGUGAAGAUGGAGUGAAUGGGGAAGAGAAAGAGAGACGGAGAAGCUGGAGGUAUGAAAACGAGAGUGAGAGAGAGAAAAAAGGUCAUGGGUCGGCGAGUGAAAGUCCACACAGGAAGAGAAGGAGAAAAGAAUGAGAGAAAGAGGAAGUAGUAGUUGUUUUGCUUUUUUGAAAUGUGUAUGGAUUUGUUUGCGAGCGUGUGGGUGCAGAUGUGUGCUAUGUGUGUGAGUGCAUAUAUUGUCCAUGUAAGUUUCUAAACUCCUAAGUCCGUUGAGGCAAAUUUUACAGGAGAGACCAAAAAAAUGUAUGGUAAUAAAUAGAAUAAAAAUAAUUGCAAAUG